AUGGAAGGAGUUGGCAAUGGUCAACUCACAAAAGGCAACUUGACCAGUAAUUCCUCCCUUCAAAGCCAAGGUAAUAUAAAUGAGAUCCUGAUUACCUCACUCCUCGGGGCCACUCUGGCCAUCAUGUGUAUCUUUGGUAUCGUAGGCAACAUCUACACUUUGGUCAUUAUCAACCAGUCAAUCAAGUCUGCUGGGUCCAUGUACGUCUACAUUACAAACCUAGCACUGGCUGACCUUCUCUACUUGUUCACCGUUCCUUUCGUGGUGUGCACUUAUUUUGCCAAUGAUUGGUACUUUGAGGAAAUUGGCUGCAGAGUCCUCCUCAGCCUGGAUCUCUUGACCAUGCAUGCCAGUAUUUUCAUACUCACUGUCAUGAGCGUUGAAAGAUACAGGGCUGUGGCCACGCCACUGGACAUCAGGGCUUCAAGAACCUGCAGAAAGAUGAUCACUGUGGUCAUUUGGUUACUGUCCUGCCUUUUGACCUUGCCAAUGAUGAUUAUGAUCCAUCUAAGAGAAACCAUCAAUCCAAUGGGAUCACCCAAGAGAAUUUGCUACCCAACUUGGAAGCCUGAAGCCUACAAAACAUACCUUACCAUUUUAUUCAACACGAGUGUUUUAGCUCCAGGUGUUAUCAUUGGAUAUUUAUACAUCCGACUGGCACAAACCUAUUGGAUCUCAGGUAGGAUGGUUUUGGACAAUAGUAAUCGUACCCUAAAGCAGAAGGUGCUGUAUAUGAUUUUUAGCAUCAUCUUGACAUAUUGGGCCUGCUUUGUACCCUUUUGGGUCUGGCAGUUAGUGAAGCUUUAUAAAUACGAAUCAUCGAGUUCGACACCACCAGUUCACAUGUACAUCAACUUCUUCAUGACCUGCCUGACCUACAGCAACAGCUGCAUUAACCCGUUUCUCUACACACUACUGACCAAGAAUUACAAGGAGUACUCGACACAUCGCAGCAGGAGUUCAACCGAACGGGUCACCUUUAAGAGGUGGCGGAGGGAAAGUCAAGGAUCUGAGAGGUCAGCCACACAAAGGGACACAGAGAAAGCGGCUCGAGUAAGGGCACAAGGAGAGACAUUGGGCAGCAGUAUUAACUUAAGCCAAUGA